AUGAAAUAUAGUUUAUACAAAAUCACCAAAGAAGAAGAAGAUGAACAAUUGGCAGCCCCAUUUCGACUUGCUUUAGUAGGAAAAUUCACCAAAGGCCAGCAAAAAAUGGACUAUCUGCAUAGAGAAUUCCAAAUCAUUGGCUUUAAAGGAAACUAUUCAAUUGGAUCUAUAGAUUAUCGACAUAUUCUCAUAUGUUUCGAUCUCGAGAAGGACUUCCAUCGCUGCUGGCUGAAAAGAUUGUGGACCUUUGACAAGCAUCGGAUGCGACUCUUAAAGUGGACCACUGACUUGAAUCCAGUGCAUGAAAGUUCUAUUGUUCCAGUUUGGAUCUCCUUAGAAGGUCUUCCAAUUUACCGCUUCAAUAAAGAUUACUUGUGGAAGCUCGCAAGCAUCAUCGGGACUCUACUUCAAAUUGAUGUGCCAGCCCUCAAUAUGUCACGACCUUCGGUGGCUCGUGUCUGUGUAGAGAUUGACCUUUUCAAAGAGCAUCCCAUUCGAAUCCAAUUGGAAGUUGAAGGGAAAUCAUACUUUCAGUCCAUUCUCUAUGAAAACAUGCUCCAAUAUUGUGUCGACUAUAAAAAGAUUGCUCAUGACGCUCUUUCCUGUCGACACAAUAUGAAGGCAGCAUCAUUGCAUAAAGUUGUUUUGCGCCAACCUGAUGAGCCGAAAAAAGACAAGCAAGCAGCGCAGCCCACUGGGAAACAACCAGUAAAUAAUCUAUCAUCAACAAAGUCAACGGGGGAGAGAAACUCAGCCUCAACUGAGGUUGCGCCACCGUUGAAAACUGCUGAUGAUACUGAAGCUGCGAGGACUGAUCGUAUCAUUGGAGAUGGCACAAUUCCUAAUGUGACAGUCGCAAAGAAUCAUAAUCCCAUCAUCGUCCAAUUACCGACAAGCGCUAACAGCAAGGGUGGAAAAUCUUCAUCGCCAGUCAUCGGAGAGGAAGAAUCAAACCCUCAAUCACUGCCGGACGCUCCAACAGAUGCAGGAGAUACUCACUCUUCACCAUCUAUUGUUCCACGAUUAGAAGCCAUCUAUGGGGGGAAAAAUCUAUCAUCGGCAAGCUUGCAGGGACGGCGAGAACAACUGGCGAGGAAGGAUGACGCGUCUGUUACGGGAGCGUAUGUUUUGCCAGUGCAGAUUACGCCUUCCCCGAUGUCCUCCGCAACUAACGCGACGUCAAUGCCCCAAAAUCUGGUUUUAAAAUCAAAUCAGAAUAUUCCAAUUUUAGAUGUGGAAAAUUUAAACUCAAACUCUCCUCUCCUUCAUUUUACUCCAUCCCAUUUUGAAAAAUCACUGAAAUAUGGAAAACAAAUUCACAAAUAA